AUGACAUCCAUCGCCUCGCUUCUUAACCCGGAACCUGAGCCUACCCAAAAGAACCAUCAACCCCUGGUACCAUCCGCUGAUCAAAACGAAAGAGUCUGUCUGUCCCCUCCGCUGAGGCAAAAAAAGCAAAAAAUCUCUAAAGAUGCGGCCAUAUUCACUAGAGGACAGGUAAGGGGUCCGCUCAAUUACCCUCCUUGUGAAUAUCAGGACGAAAAAUUGGCCGAAGCGCACAGAAUGUUUGAAAUUCAUCCAAUGGGGCACAUUACAGAGUUUCCCCGGCAUAUACCAUACAACAGUGAGAAGAAGUCUUUUUUGGAAAAGACAGGGAGGGAAAGCUUUGAAGUAUUCCAAUAUGAGUUCAAACUUCCAGGGGAUGAUAAAGUGUACACCGUAAUGUGGGACUACAAUAUUGGUUUGGUUCGGACAACUUCGCUUUUUCGUUGCAAUAACUACUCAAAGACCGCACCGGCGAAAAUGUUGAACGCCAAUCCUGGCCUCAGAGAAAUCUGUCACAGCAUAACCGGGGGAGCUUUGGCAGCACAAGGGUAUUGGAUGCCAUUUGACGCAGCCAAGGCUGUUGCAGCUACCUUUUGCUGGAAGAUACGGACCGAUCAACACAUCAAAAGAUUGCGGCACAAAUCCCACAGUAGCACUCCAGAUGACGAGGACGACGGCAGAUUUCAUCAGCACAGGGCUCUAUUUUAUUAUCACUACCAAGCGUACUCGCCCUCCUCGUUACCACAUAGCGGGUGGACACCAGCUAACACACCACGGACCUCUCAGCCCUUUAGACGACCUAUUGCUAAAGAAAAGGGUAUAAUUCUUCCCUCUCCAAAAGAUAUCAUUGAUUCGUUUUCUCGAAUGAACAACGAUUCAACUACAAUUCGUUCUGAUGGAUUAAGCCGAGUUUUUGAUGAUGUUGAAGAUGAUAAUGACGAUGACGAAGGUACUGGUGAAUCGGUGUCCGAAGAUGACGAGGAAAACGGACGCACCGUCCAACAGUCCAAGUUGGAUCGUAGCUCUGAAUUCGAAACUGAAGAGAAAGCAGGUGCACAAAUGAUACCUGAUCGCUGUUCCCCACAGUGCCCGCCUCGCCAGUUACUGGAGUGCAAAGAAUCCAUGAUCGAGAAUGACACCAGCCGUCCAUACACCAAGGGAUCAAUUCCGACGUCUGAACCAGUAGAAGACGAGUCGAAGAAGAGGAAAAUGGAAGAGAAUCAUGAAACAGAGGCUGAGCCAAAGCCGGAAGGCCGGCAGUCUCCCCUACCGUUGACAAAUGACGCCAGGGCAGCGUACAUGUUGAUGAAAUUGCACAUGCAGGAAGCAAGUAACCAUAACGCUGCGGUCGCGGAUGAGAAUCCGAUGAGGAAGAGGAGACGUGCAUCAACAUAG